GCCAGCGACGAGUUAAAUUCGAGCGUCCAUGGAAUGCGAGUCGCGUUUUCGCGCUUCGCGUUGAAAAUUUUAAAUUAAUAAUUUGAAAUUCGAGUACAACGCGGCCGUAAAUAUCGCUGUUAUCCGAUGCAGAGCAGUUGUGCGUGGAUUCGACACGAGUGUUUUCCCAUACGUUCAAUUUGACGAUUUUAAGUUAGUUAUUGUGUGUUGUGUGUGUUCCGCGCAAACAUUUCGUACCAGCGCGAGACGCGAAUGUGCUGUGCGUUUAGUGUCACGUGCUAAUAGUAAUUAUAAAUAAAACACACGCACACGUAGCGCGAGACCGCAAGGAGAAACUCUCCAGCUGCUGCUGGCCUGUGCGUCGUUAAAAUUUAGGCGCGUUUGGUUUAUUGUGAGCGCGCCGCGUGGAAUAGACUCGCGGCUCGCGAGGAUAAUUUGUGUUAUCGAUGAGGUUGGUCUCUUAAAACGUGCGUACGCGUGGUGCCAGUCACCAGUUAACUGUCAGAUUGUGUAUGGGCUCGGUUCGGUAAACGAAAUAUUCGAAAUUGAAGGAAAUUGAAAAUCAGUGUAUUUUCUGCAUUCGGCUGCGACGCAACGCAUUUCCGGUUUUUGACACAAGUCCUGCGGCGCCAACGCCAAGCUCUAGAGCUACACAUCCGCAAAAGGAGUAAAAAAGGUCCUUGCAGUCGUCACCUAUUUACUGAUAGUCAUACCGACGGUCUUGUCAGCACCCAGCGGCAGCAUGGAGCAACAACAGGAAGAUCCCUUCUGGGUACUCAAUGAGAAUGUGCAACCGGAGGAUAAUAUCACGCAAGCACUCAAAGCACAGCUGGCGAAAACCAUCCAGACGCAGGCGAAGAUCGCAUGCAACAAAGCCAAUCAUUCCCUUGAAGAAUACACGAAAAACCAAUUCAGUAUGACACCGGAACAAGUCCAUCAACGCUAUAAUUCUACAUCGUUUGAUUGGUUACCUUCCAAGUCGGACAUACCGAAACAAUUUGGUACGGAUGUAACUGAUGGGUUCACACGUACGAUGGAAGAAGAAAUGAUCCACUUGUACCAUCAAUUCCAAAAAAUCGGCGUGGGUAUCGAACAAAUCGUCAGUGAAUACAACAACUGUACACCCAAUAAUGGUGCUGAUCAAUCAGUCUGCAUCAACUUCAACAAUAUGCGUCAGGACCUCACCACGCUCCUACGCGAACUCAACAUGAACAUUGGUACCCUCGGUCUGGUUCGCAAGCCAGACGUUGAACGAGAUAUCAUGCCCGAUGAGGAUAGACAAGUUGAUGAAACAACGCGCAGAAUACGCAACUGGGUGAUCUACCGUGACUACAUCAACGCCCUGGAGUACACCAUCAAAGCAUUCGAGACGCACUUCUGAGAGGAGGCCCUACUGGGCGAGCGCGUUACACCGCUCGUCCUCGAUCUACGAUCGCACACUUCCUUCGACUAGAGACAUAUCUCCCUAUAUUUACAUUCUACCUAUUUAUUGCAUCGCGUUGUUCAUUUUCUUACAUAACAUUUUAUUUAUUUGACGUGUCGAACGAAAAUAUUGUAAAUAUUUAUUCGAUUAAUUUAUAUACAUAUAUAUAUUUAAAAAUGGCGGCAAGUAGCAAGCGAGAAACACUAUUAACAUUAUUUUGAAUUGUAAUUAAGACCGUAGUUAAUAUUUAUUAAUUUAUAUCUACUAUAUUUAGCGAAUGACUCUAUUUACGAUACGCGAACUAUGUUGAAACUCUUUAUGACUGUAUAUAAUCGCUAGGAUAAUUAGCAAACGUGUGCAGUUGUUGUAGCUACUCUAGUACCAUAAUACACACACCUGCUUUCGAAGACGGAUGCUGAUGCAGGCGUUUGAUCAUGGACGCCACACACACACACACAUUUACACACUCACUCAGAAAGGAGUAUUUCAACGCGACCCACACACUUAUUUGAUUUGUGUUGUGUUGUGUACUUGACACUUGUUGUGUUACUUUUGAUGCACACCUUCAAUUGCGGGUGUCCAUCAAAACGAAAUCAAUAACAGACAGUAUUUGACUUGGCAGUUGUAUGAUUUAUACUGUGAUAUUAGAGCACAUUAAUGAAGGAAUAUUUAUUGUUAUUAAAUGUAUACUACUUGUUUA